GCGGGGCGUUUCAGCCACAGGAGAAGCGGGCUGAGGAGAGGAAUCGGGGUCUGGCGUGCGAUGUUCGGCGAGAUAUCACUGAGCUAGGAGGGACAGCCAGGUAACAAUUUCAAGAUGCCAGGACGAUCCAGUACAAAUUCAGGCUCUACUCGUUACAUAUCCUUCAGUGGUGUAGAGUCAGCUCUCUCCUCCUUAAAAAACUUCCAAUCCUGUAUCAGUUCUGGAAUGGACACAGUUUCUGGUGUUGCCUUGGACCUUGUGGAGACUCAAACUGAAGUGAGUAGUGAGUACAGUAUGGACAAGGCCAUGGUUGAAUUUGCUAAAAUGGAUCGGGAACUAAACCAUUAUGUUAAGGCUGUCCAGUCUACAAUAAAUCAUGUAAAAGAAGAACGUCCAGAGAAAGUACCAGAUUUAAAGUUACUGGUGGAGAAGAAAUUUUUGGCUUUACAGGAUAGGAACUCUGACUCCGACUUUAAAGAGAAUGAAAAGUUCGUGCAGUACAAGCAGCAGCUGAGGGAGCUGAAGAAGCAAUGAACUGCCAGGCUGGUUCCCACAGCGAGGCGCCAUUUUACACUUCCACCAGCAGUGUGUGAGGGUCCCAAUUGCUCCACGUCCUCACCGGCACGUCUUACUGCCUGCCCUUCUUACUGUAGCCAUUGUAGUGGGUGUGAAGUGCUGUCUCAUUGUUUUGCCUAACAUUUCUCUGAUGGAUUAAUAUCGUGAUGUUUAUAUUACUAACCUAGGGCAGAAGUUUAAAUUUUAUACUUUCAUAUAGAAACCACCUCAUAUUACUGGAUUAACCAGUAAUUCUGAAGCAAGACCAUAAUUCUAUACCAGAAAAAUGUUGUUCAUGAAGUUCUACUUGAAAAAAAAAACAUAAAGUAAAAUGACUAGGGAUGAAGAUAACACACUCACCCGGGACAUUUGUUUUGUAGUAUGAAUUCAUCUGCAGUGUUCUUUAUCUGUGCUACUAAAGUGCUAUUAUGUGACAUUUACUGGAUAAUCCAGACAGCACUUUGGCUAAAUCCACAGUAUGGUGUCACUAGGUAAACAUUUGAAAAUGGAAAAGUGUGUGUCUUCUGGUUUUAUCAGUUGAGAUUAAAGGUGGUUUAUGGCAUAAGAAGCCUUUUUCUCCAGCACUUUGUAUGUCAGUGUGGGCCAAUAAUCUGUCACCUGAAACUACUUAAAGUAGGUUGAGGUUUCUUGACUGUCCUGUUGCUGUGAUGACAUCAGAAUCUAACUGCAGAGGGGAGAAAAGAGCAUUUCUCUGACUUCUUUGCCUCCGUGUCCUUUGUCCCUAGUUAAAAGCACUGCCCUUUUCAGCCCUGCUUCUGUCUGGUUCUCAGGUAUUUUCUACACCAAUAGCACUGUCUGUUUCCUCAUCCUGUGGAGCUCCUAGUCUGCUCAUAAUUGUUUCUGUCAAGGAAAGAACACCAUGUGCAGCUUGGAAGUGUGUGAGUUUCACCAGCCCUAGAUCUGUACAAAAUGAGGAGGGGGCUGGUGGAGGAGAAAAAAAUCUCGAACCAAAUUCAGAAGAUGCUUUCUCUAGAAAGUCUCAGGAUGCCUCUGAGAGCUCCCCCAGGACAGAUAAGUUCACAGGAGACCAGUCCUCCUCUCUGCCACCUAGAGCCUCCCCCAGAGCUAAGCUUCCUGUGUGCUGUGCAUUCCUGACUGCAUGUGGCACUGCUUGCAGAAGGCCCGCAGGGGACCAAGGAGAAAAGAGAAAGAAAGAGUAGGGAUUCCCUCCCUUCGAGGGUUCUGCCUUAACUGCUCCUCAGCUUGAUGUGGGCCUGUGGUUCAGCUGGGGAGUGGCUCCAAAGAAUGACCAGAUUGAUUGGCAGAACUUGAAUUUUGCUACCCCCAAAGUACUGGGAGGCACCAACUUUAGACACUUAAGCUGGUAUAAGCCUUCAUGAAUUCUCUUUUGACACUUUUUGUUAAUUGAAAUACUGCUCUGGGUGAAGCAAGCACAAGCAUAUCAUGGCUACUAAAGAUCCUGGACGACUGGAUAACCCUGGAUCAUGUGCCUUCUGAACUAUUACAGAGGAACGAGAUAGUAAUCGGUGAUAUGUUAGUAGGAAUUGUGGUUUGGUUCUGCUUUUUAAAAUGACUACCCCUCAAGUAACAGAAAACUAAAUGACGGCAAGCACUUGCCAAGCUGGACUGUGUGCUGAGAUCGUGUGUGCACAGGCUCCUGACUCGGUUUUGCCAUAGCCCUCUGAGGUGACACGGUCAUCCUUCAAGUGAGUUGCAAUGAAUCUUAGUGCUUGCCAGUAUCCAGUGUGCCCUUAGCUCAACACCCAUCUAUCUGUGACCUGACGUAGUCAAUGUGGUGGCUCCUUGCUCCCUGUGAGGAAUGGUGGGGAGGAGGUGUAGAAGCCCAGAGAGGCUACAGGGGGCUGUAUAGCAAGAGCUUAGCCACAUUAGAAAGCCAGCUGAUGGGCUUGGCUGUGGCAGGGCUUAGUUUUGGUUGGAUUCUGAGUUUCCAUGUAGCAGUUUUUACAGAAAGCUUCAAGCUCCUUUCCCUCACAUUCCCACACAGGAGGGAGUGAUG